AAAUCAGAUUAUUAAGGAAACGGGAUUCUGACGUCACGGCUUUAAAAGUGCAGGGAGCGAGUGGGAGCGCGUGCACAGACAAGCAUGACUCCAGCGCUAUCACCGUAGUGUACUUCAAGGGCAAGCUGCUCAGGAUGGCCGCUUCUUAUUUAGAGAUUGACGAUGAGAACAAGGGGUACGCACUGAGCCUCUUUUGCAUACCUAAACACUAUGAAGAAGACUUGGACAGUGUUAUCAUUCCCAAUGGUCUCAUAAAGGAUAGGAUCGAACGCUUGGCCAGAGAUAUUGUCCGUGAUAUGGGAACCCAACAUAUCGUGGCCCUGUGUGUGCUGAAAGGAGGCUAUACAUUCUUCGCAGACCUGAUGGAUUAUAUUAAGGCACUGAAUCGCAACAGUGACAAGUCUGUGCCGUUGACUGUGGAUUUUAUUAGGCUUAAGAGCUACUCCAAUGACCAGACGACAAACCACGUACAGGUUAUUGGAGGCGAUGACCUAGCUUCUCUUAGUGGAAAAAAUGUGCUUGUGGUCGAGGAUAUUAUAGAGACUGGGAAGACGAUGGAAACUCUGCUGACAUUAUUAGAAGAAUGUCAACCCAAGAUGGUUAAAGUGGCCAGCCUUCUCGUGAAAAGGACACCCAGAAGCUCAGGAUAUCGUCCUGAUUACUUCGGUUUUGAGGUUCCUGAUAAAUUCCUGGUGGGAUAUGCUCUAGACUACAACGAAUAUUUCAGGGAUUUGAAUCACAUCUGCAUACUCAGCGAGCGGGCGAAAGAAAAGUACAGACUAUGAAGAGGGUAUAAAAUGCUGGAUGCAUGAAGACUGACACCACUGUGACCUCCUCCUCUCUUGGCUGCGUUUCUACAUUCUGCUCUUUCUCGAAGGCGUACGAACGUCACUUAACAAAAGGCCAAAGAUGUUGGAGAAUGUACGAGCGACCGGAAAGUAGGUCUUGGUUCAAAAUUAGACGUUAAUUCGUAUCAGUCACAUGGAACAUAUUAGGAACUAUUGUUUUAAGUGUAUGUUUUUAUUUAUUUCUGUUGAGGCCUUAGGAUGUACUUGAUGGCAGUGGUUUGGAGAGAAAGAAGACGUUUUAGUUUGAGUUAUGAAAUGAAUUCAGUGCAUGACUGUACACAAUGUCAUAUCUACUAAUAUUGUACAGAAUGUUUAUCAAAUACAAUCAAAUGAAUGUUUUGUUUUGUAAUCAUCAGGGUGGAGGAGACCUCCUGAAUUACAGCAAUAAAGUAAUCCUCAAAUGUG